UGCUCUCUCUCUCUCUCUCUCUCUCUCUCUCUCUCUCUCUCUCUCUCCUCCUCCUCCUCCAGUCUUCAUCAGAUGUUCAUCAGUGCUGCAGCAGCGUCUGACAGGAGCAUCAGCAGAUCUACAGGUGAAGAUGGCGCAGGUGUUGCUGCUGCUGCUGAUCGCUCUGCUGACCCCAGGGCAGCUCCUCACUGAUACACCUGUGCAGGUGCGCAUCACUGACAGCUGUGCACAGCUCCGCCCCCGGGAGACCCUGCUGGACCUGGAGCCCGACUCUCCACUAGUGCUGACCCAUCGCAUCCGCCUGCUGUCGGGCCCCGGGGCCGCCUGUGCUCAGUGUGGGGGGGAGCUGACGGGGCUGCAGGAGCGCAUGGAGCAGCUGGAGAGACAGGUGUCAGAGCUGAGGGAGAGAUGUGGAGGAGCAGAGGGGUGCUGCGGGAGCCAGCAGAGCAGAGGUUCUGUCUGCUCCACUGUUCGGCCCUCGACUGAUGCGUGUCCAGACGGCUGCAGUGAGCAGGGCCGCUGUGUGGAGGGCAGGUGUGUGUGUGACUCCGGCUUCACGGGGCCCGACUGCUCUGUUAAAGCGUGUCCAGAUGACUGUAAUGACAGGGGCCGUUGUGUGGACGGGCUGUGUGUGUGUGACUCCGGCUUCUCGGGGCCCGACUGCUCCAGCAAGAGCUGCCCCAACAGCUGCAGUAACAGGGGCCGGUGUGUGCGGGGCCGCUGCGUGUGCCGACGCGGCUUCACAGGGCCCGACUGCAGCCAGUGCCAGCCGGGCUUCAGCGGGGAGAACUGCGACACCCCACUGAUGGGUGUUUCGCGUCUCAGCACUCGAGACAUCAGCGAGUCUUCAGUGACAGUGUUCUGGACGCCGCCGCCGCUGCUCUAUGACACCUACCACAUCAGCUUCAGCAGCAGCAAGGAAACGGAGCAGAAAAUAAGCUCCCGGAUCAGCGGCAGACUGAGCUCCUACACGCAGACGGGCCUGGCCGCCGGACAGGAGUAUACGGUCACCGUCACUGGAGAGAAAGACGGCGUGAUGGGAGCGGAGAGCGCAGCGCAGUUCACUACCCUGAUCUCAGGGCCCAGAAACCUGCGGGUGGUGAAGACGAGCACCACCUCCGUCAUCGUCCAAUGGGAGAAGGCGCAGGGGGAGAUUGAUAGGUAUGUCCUCUCUGUUGCACCCAAUCAGACAGAUGGAUCGAGCGGACCCCGGGAGAUGUCCCUCCCCCCGGAGAGAGACUCCGCCCAGAUUGAGGGUCUGCACGCGGGCCGCCUGUAUGAGGUAUCGGUGAUGGCAGAGCAGGGCUCGACCCGGAGCCUGCCGGCCAGAGCUCAGGCCACUCCUGGUCCGGAGCCUCCGUCUGCUCUGCUGUUCAGUGAUGUGACCGACAGCUCCUUCACCGUCACCUGGAAAAAACCCAAGAGCAAAGUGUCUGGAUUCAAGAUCACACACACACAUGUGCAGGAAGGUGAGCCCAUCUCUGUCAGUGUGGACUCAGAAACUCUGCGUCUGGAUGUGUCCUCCAGGGCUCCGGGCUCCACAUAUGAGGUGCGGGUGGUGUCGGUGCUCGGGCAGGACGAGAGUGACCCCAUCACAGACACCGUCACCACCCUGCCGGACGCUCCCACACACCUGCAGGCCAUCAAUGUGACGGACAGUGAAGCUCUGCUGAUCUGGAGACCGGCUCUGGCCACUGUAGACCACUACAGGAUCCUCUACAGUCCUGAGGCAGCUCGAGAUUCUGCCGUGUCCAUCAGUGUGUCGGGGAACGCAGCGCAGCAUCACCUGCAGUCGCUCCACUCCUCCACCCGUUACACCGUCAGCAUCAGCAGCCGGCGGGGGGGGCAGAGCAGCUCCAGCAGCAGCACAGCCUUCAGCACCACCAGCGGUGCUGGACGGGCAGAGGAUGGUCCUCGUGACCUGAAGGCCACACAGGUGACCCCCCGCAGCGCAGUGUUGUCAUGGAGACCACCUGAAUCUCCCAUCAGCGGAUACAGGCUGAGCUACUACACUGACCAGCAGGACAGGAAGGAGCUGGUUCUGGAUGCCGGGGUCUCAGAGCUGCAUCUGCGCCACCUCGUGCCCUCAUCAGUGUACACUGCGCAGCUGCAGGCGGAGAGAGCAGGACUGCACACACACACCGUCCACACACACUUCACCACCGGCAGUCUCCGCUUCCCCUUCCCCACAGACUGCUCUCAGGAGCGGCUGGUGUUUCAGAGAAGAAAAGACGGAAAGACAAACUUCUUCAGGCGCUGGAGGGAGUACAGCAGCGGCUUCGGGACACUGGACGGAGAGUUCUGGAUGGGGAAUGAGCUGCUCCAUAACUUCACCCAGUCGGUGCCGAUGGAGCUGCGUGUGGAUCUGCGGGCCGGGUCAGAGUCAGCGUUUGCUCGAUACUCCUCCUUCACCAUCGACACCGCCAAGAAGCACUACACACUGCGCGUCGCAGGAUACUCGGGCAGCGCCGGAGACUCUCUGUCGUACCACAGCGGUCGGCCGUUCUCGGCGCGGGACAGAGACCCUCGGCCCUUCAUCACCCGCUGCGCCAUGUCCUACAGGGGUGGAUGGUGGUACAAGAACUGCCACGAGGCCAACCUGAACGGCCUGUACAACACCAGCUCCAACCACCAGGGUGUGAUCUGGACGGCGUGGAAAGGCCAGGAUUUCUCCAUUCCCUUCACUGAGAUGAAGUUCCGGCCGGCUUCAUUCAAACUCUGAAGCUGAAAAUCCUGAACAUCCACACCAGCGCAACACACACACGGGAAUACAGCCGCUCACCUGCAGUGUGUGUGUUCAACUGUACAGUUUCUAUUUCAGGUGUUAAUGUGGCGUAUUCAGACUCACUCAGAGGGAUUAGCUCUGUCCGUCUGUCUGAUACAGAGGUCUGUCAGUGAUAGAUGUAUAUAGUGAAGAUCUUGAUGAAGAGCUAAACUGCACCAUUCUGAGCACAAUGUUGUCUCACAUGCUAAAACUGACCAGCUCAUGGCCAGAAAACAGGAGAGAAGAGUGUAGUGAAGCUGAACAGCAGAAUCAGAGCUCAGAAACAUCAUUACAGCAUUAAUAAUCUCACAGACUCUUAAUAUCCUGCACCUUACAGCUUCUGCAGUCACUAAAGGAGAUGCUCAGUGUUCAGCCAGCGCUCCGCGUGCGUGCGCGUGUGUGUGUGUGUGUGUAUCUGCUGUUUUCCUCUAGAGCUUCAUCAGAGAGUAUGUGCUGGUGACAGGAUAUCAGGUCUUUAUAUUGGUGUUAUAUUUUUGCAGGAAACUCUCUCUGUAUAAUCUGUGUUUAAGAAUCUUUCCAGCAACACCGUCUCCUACAGCACGCUUCAGCAAUAAAGGACUUUAACACAGUAAA